AUGGGGAUGAAUAUGACUGGCAGUGGUGGUGUUGGGAGUAAAAAUGCUAUGGGCAGUACUUCAGUGAGAGGUAGUACUUUAGUGAGAGGCAAUGGUGUUGGGAGUAGGAUUGGCAUUGGUAGAAGUGUUGGGAGUAACAAUGUGUUGGGAAAUACUUCACUAAGAGGUGUGGGUGGCACUACUAUGGGGACUGGUAGUGGUGGUGUUGGGACUAACCAUGCUAUGGGAAGGACUUUAGUAAGAGGCAAUGGUGUUGGGAGUAGGAAUGGCAUAGGUAGAGGUGGUGUGAGAGGCAGGGAUGGUGGCAGUCAUAGGGCUGUAAAUGUUGACAUUGGUGCAGGCAACUUGACUGAGUCCCAGUGA